AUGGAGGGGCACAGGGUCAGCGCCGCCAACGCGCAGAGGCCGAGCGUCGCUGCGGGGCCAGGCUCAUUCGCCCUCAACAGCGUGACCUCCGAGUUCCACGACGACGAGGAGCCCCAAGCGGCUAGCAGCGCCUCCUGGUCCCUCCACUACUUGGACCCGCGCACGACGUCCCAGAUUCGGCAGAGUCGGGUGAAUCUGAACCGGAGGUACGUGUUUCUGUGUCCGACAUCCCUGAGCAAGCACUUCGACAUGCUGCCGCAGCAGGCGAAAGACAGCGCGCUGCUGGUCUUCCAGUGCAGCCGCGACUGGAUGUUCCAGGAGUCCUCCAAGGCACGCAGGGCCCGCUCCGAGGCCCGCGUGGACAGCGGGGUGUCCCCGGGCCACAGGCUGAGGGUCUCCCCGGACACCAGCCUGUCCCCGCGCAACCCCACGAGCACGCCGUCCAGUCCCUCGGCCGGCACGUUUCGCUCGGCGCUCUACCGGCCGAACUUCCCCAAGGAGUUCCUGCAGUGGGUGGUGACCAAGGACAAGGAGGACUGUGUCUACUGGCACAAGCCCGAGAUGGACCUUCUGAAACUGUCGAGGUUCUUCGAGGAGAAAAUCAACCCCGCCACCGAGCAGCCCUACAGGCCCCUCCUGCUGGACCCGCAGUGGUGGCGGGUGCGGUUCCUGCGGAACAACGCCAGGUACGUUGCCAACGCGGCGCCGGUCAUCGCGACCAUCUCCGAGGCGUCGCGCGCAGGCCUCGGCGACUCGCGCGGCGCCGGCGCAGUGGACGUGCCAGGCCUGCAGGAGCUGAUCUACCAGAGCAAUCCGACGCUGGAGCCAGUGAUCCGGUGGCCGUGCUCGCCCUCCGUGCGCUACGUGCCUCUCUCCAGUGGCCUCGGCGAGGGCCCGUCCUCCCCGCGGCGCUCGGGCAAGCCCGCCGGGAUCAUCCUCAGGGGCAGGUUUCGCGGCCCAGAGACGGCCAGGCUCGGCCAGUGGCCGGAGCAGAGGGGCGGGAGGAUGGACCAGCUGUACACCUCGUGGCAGGCGGAGGAGUGCGCUGCCAGCAGGCACCAGGCGUUCGCCUCCACGGGGAUGUCGUGCGUGAUGGGCGGGCCCCUGAGCGCGCGGUGA